CUUGACAACAUGCUCGUCCAGCUCCCAAUCUUCGGAUCCCUUUAGAAUCAUGGUCUCGAAGAGCAAGAGCCCAGAGACCUCGAAGAUACAGCCGCUCCAGUCUGAACACCGGCGUGCUCGGCAAGUUACAGCGUGCACCAAUUGCCGCCAAAGCAAAAUUCGGUGCGCGCCGGCGAGCGAGGUUACAGAUCCUGCAUUGGCGAACAGCAACAAGUGCCUCCCCUGUUUGCGUAAGGGCAUCGCUUGCGAUAUUCCACAACGGCUGCUUGAACAGAAUCAUGCCAACGAAGCCACUGAGAGUCCCAUACCUCGGGUGGAGCCUACGCUGAAAUCUCCUGCUCUCAAGCCCGAUGCCCCCGGCCAGAGACCGGCCCCAUACACCCCUACCCAGCGUCCGGCUGUGCGACUGACGCACCCUCUAAGCUUCAUGCGUAAAGUGUGUGCUCACGAUGCCCAUCACCAGCCAAAGACCAACCCAACAGAGGGUGUUGUGCGUGCUGCAAUGAUUUUGUGCAGCUUUCGAGACCCGAUUUCAUAG